GGCGCUACCGGGGAGGGGUGGCGGACCCGGCGGAGUGUGGAAGAGGGGCUGGGGACCCUGGAGCAUCCUGGGGCCAGCCGGGCCGCGGCCGCCGCCUCGUGCUCCCUCCGGGCCCUUCGGGAGGCCGGUGACCGGCGCGGCAGCGGGGUCCGCAGGGAGGGCUCCCUUCUCAGGGACCUAGCCUCACCGGGGACGGACAGACAGACCCACUUCCGGCUGCGACCGAGCCCCUGACCGCCCCCAGCUCCCGAGAGAACCCUCCCUGACCGCAUGACCGCCGGGCUCCCCGUCCCCUCCCAGACGGGACACGCAGGUGCACACCCCGGCCCGGGAGAGACGGACCCGGGACGGAGCGCCUUCCUCUCUGCACACUGCUGGCUGCGGGGGUGUCGGUUACAGACUCACUGACCCCGGGAGAGACGCUCUUCCCCUGUCCGCGCGGCUAGCGCCAGGAGGCACGCACCCCAGACUGGCCCACGGGCAGUUUGGGUGAGCAUCUAGCCGUUCCCCUCCCACCAGAGUCCAGGGUUGGCAGACUCAGCACCUGAGACCUCGUGGUUUACACCAGACUCCUUUCCAACCAGGGCGGCCAGAACUCAGGGCCCCUGCCUGCUCUGGAACACCUCCCAGUACCACCCUGGCAGCUCCCUCGGAGGAUUGUGGUCCUGCAGCGCCUGGCCUGCUGUGAAAGUUCUGGGGCCUGAGCGGACACCGGGGCUGCCUGUGAUUAGGGUGGGCGGGACCUGGCCCUGACCUUUUCUUUGCAGGACUCUCCAGCCUUAUCAUGGACCCAGAGUGCUCCCAACUCCUCCCGGCUCUCUGUUCCGUUCUGGCAGACCCCAGGCAGCCCGUGACAGAUGACACCUGUUUGGAGAAGCUGCUGGACUGGUUUAAAACCAUCACUGAAGCCGGGUCCAGCCUGCUGUUGUUACAGGAGAACCCCUGCCUGCUGGGGCUGCUCUGCCACGUGCUGAAGCCCCAGGACCUGAGUCCCAGAGUCCUCGCCUUCUCGCUCCGCCUCGCGGGCAUGCUUGCAGCCCAGGAAGAUUGCUUCCAGUACCUUCAGCAGGGGGAGUUGCUGCCCAGGCUCUUUGGGGAGGCAGGACCCCUCGGAGGCGCCGCCUGGACCGCCCCCAGCGUGCGCAGCGGCUGGAUCCAGGGCCUGCGCUCCCUGGCGCGUCACCCCAGUGCCCUGUGCUUCCUGGCCGACUGCGGUGCCGUUGACACCAUCUUCUCCCUGCAGGGAGAUUCCAGCCUGUUUGUGGCCUCGGCAGCUGGGCAGCUCCUGGUGCACGUCCUGGGCUUGUCUCUGCAAGGUCCAGCUGAGGGACACCCUGGCCUGCAGACUGGUGAUUGGCCAGUGUGUGCCCAGAAGAUAGUGGGUCACAUUGAGGAGUCCCUGCGCUCCGCAGCCACCCCGCAGAUCACACAGGCUCUAAACGUGCUGACCACCGCUUUCGGGCACUGCCACAACCCUUGGACGCAAGUCCUGUGGGUGCGGCUGAGUCCCCUUGUGGCCUCUCUGCUCGAGAAAGACCCCGUCCCCGCUGCACACUCGCUCGUGGAUCUCCUCCUCAGCGUGGCCCGUUCUCCAGUGCUGAGUUCGUCCAGCUGUGGCCUGUGGGAGACUUUAGCACAGACUCUGAGCCAUCUGAGCCCCACCCAAGCAGGGCCGUUGGCUUUGGGGAUCCUGAAACUGCAGGAGUGUCCACAGGCGUUGAGGGCCCAGGCCUUUGCUGUCCUCCUCCAGCCCCUGACCUGUGUCCUUGAAGCCACCGCUCAGGCCCCCGGACUCCUAGACUCGUUGGACGGUACCGGGGGCGCUUCGGUGACGGUGGACACGCUCCUCCCCUCCAAGGCGGCCUGUGUGGGUCUCCUGUGCCGGACGCUGGCCCACCUGGAGCUGCUGCAGCCACUGCGCCCCUCACCCUGGCCUCAGGCGCCCCUGCUUGGCGCCACGGUGACGAUAUUGCGGCUCUGCAGUGGUUCGGCGACCCCCGCCUCUGACGCGGGGGGCCACCUCUGUGCGUUCCUGGUGGGCUGUGUGCGGGUCCAGCGAGCGGCCCUCGAUUUCCUGGGGACGCUGUCUCAGGGGACAGGUCCCCGAGAGCUGGUGACACAGGUGUUCGCUGUCCUUCUGGAAUAUCUCACAAGCCCAGACUCCAGCCCCACGGUUCUGAAGAAGGCCUUCCAGGCCACGUUCCGGUGGCUCCAGAGUUCACCUGAGACCCCUGGCUGCAGUGAUUUGGAUCCCCACGCCCAGCUAUUCCUAAGAGAUCUUCUCCCAGUGCUGCCUAAGCGCCUGUGCAGCCCCUGCUGGGAGGUGAGGGACUCUGGCCUCGAGUUCCUGACCCAGAUGAUCGGACGCUGGGGAGGGCAGGCCGGCUUCAGACGCGCACUCCUCGCUUCCGAGGUGCCCGAGCUCACCGAGCAGCUCCUGCGAGACCCUGAGAGUUACGUCCGUGCGAGUGCAGUGGCCGCCAUGGGACAGCUCUCCAGCCAGGGGCUGCGCGUCACCCCCGCCAGCCCCGAACACCCAGGGGGCCAGCAGAAGAGCCUGCUCGCGGAGCUCCUACACAUCCUGUCCACAGACUCGGAGGGAUUCCCCCGGAGGGCUGUCAUGCACGUCUUCACCCAGUGGCUGAGGGACGGGCACGCCGACGUGGCGGGGGACACGGAACGGUUUGUGGCCAGGGUGCUCCAGGUGGCGAGCCAGGAUCUGGACUGGGAGGUCCGGGCUCAGGGCCUUGAGCUGGCACUGGUGUUCCUGGAGCAGACGCUGGGCCGACCCAGCUCCCACUGUCCCUAUGCCGUGACCCCGCCUGUGGCGGCCCCGCCGAGCCCACUGGCCCAGGCCCUGCGGCCACUCUGCCGAGUGCAGCUCUUCGAGUUUGCCUUUCGUGCCUUGUUUGACUGUGACCGACCCGUGGCUCAGAAGUCCUGUGACCUUCUCCUCUUCCUGAGGGCCCAGACUGCUUCCUACAGUGGCCCGCAGGGGUCCGGGAGUGUCCCUGAGGUGGCCUCUGUGGAGGCCGCCCUGCAGAGGUGGCAGGCAGGUGAUCAGGGCCAGCCACUGGGGUACCUGGAGCCCGAGGUCGUGGUGGCUGUGCUGAGGUCUAUGGACCUGGAGGGCCUUCGGGGCGCAUUGGCCGAGAGCAGCGACCGCGUAGAAAAGAGCCCUCAGUCGCUCCUGCAGGACAUGCUGGCCACGGUGGGCGCUCUGGGGGAGGACGAGGCGGACUGCUACUGAGGCAGCCCAGCAGCAGCCUCCCCGGGCCUCCCCUUACGGCCCUUCUUCGCGACCCUGUCACCCAGAGAGCUCUAGCCUGGCCUGGCUGCACGAGGGACCUCUUGGGGAGGCCAGGACCAGGUGAGACCAGCAAGGCUGAAGAGUCCCUUUUGAUGUACUAUUAAAGAAGAGGCUUAUUUUUUACUCAAAAUAAACGGCGUUUGGUCCCGCC